AUGGAUGAGCGGAUCGCCAACAUGCACUUGCCACAAGCGGUCGUGGCUCGAAUUCUAAAAGAAGAGAACAUCACUGCCAGCAAGGUUUUAUUUCCUUUCCUUUCGGAUGUUUUCCUGGGUUGCCAUGCUUUCUGAAAGAAUAGUUUCAGGAAUCACGAGACAUGAUGAGUCGAGCGACGGCCGUCUUCAUGCUGCAUCUGUCAGGAAUGGCCUGCGAGAACGCCCAAAAUCGGUACCACAAAGUCGUCGCCGCUGAAGACGUUCUCCGCGCCCUCAGAACAUUGGACUGCGACAAUCUUUAUUCUCCGGUUCGUCCUAGAGGGUCUUCUUUUCUGGAAAGAAUUUGGAAAGUUGACAUGAAGCUACAGACUAGCCUAACUCGGACCUCGGUAGUGCAAACCGAACGCGCCCCGACUUUUCUGAGCAGCACUUCUAGUGAUCACUUUAGCGGAGUUAGAACUUUUAAGUGAAAAUUUGGAAUGCUCAGAAAUGUCCGUUUUGGGUUAUCAAGGUUCGAAGGCCUCGAUUUGAAAUAACAUCUUUUGGUUAAUUGAAGAAAAGCUCACUUUUAUCGAACAAUAGUUCCUACUUUUUCGUGAAGUUUUAAUUUUUUCAAAGAAACAGUCAGAAAAAAAGACAGAGUUUUUAUAGUGUCUUGCCAGAGACGGUCACGUUUCCAAUUUACAGAAGAUAAAAAAACUACCGUAAAUUCUGUUUUUUUGCACUUUAGCUCUACAAAUAUGCAUAAAAAAAACAGGAAAAAAGGGUCUUAAAACCAAGUUUGGUCAAAUUUUUCCAAUUUUUUUGAAGAGUUUUUUUUGAAAAAAAGUACCCAAGCUUGCUCGAAAUGAGUUAUAAAGCAAGUUUUGAAUAGAUUAAUUUUUUUAUAAAGACCUUAUUCAAUUUUUUUCUGGAUUUUUUUGAAGAAGCAUAGGUGGUAUGAAAAAAAACACUAGCGAAAAUUCAAACGGCGACUUUUCCGAUUUUUUCAUAUCGCUAGGGACAUUUCCGAAGGCCACCUUUCCGACGAUCUUUUUCCGACUUUUUUUUUCUCGAUAUAAUCUUCGUUUUAAAUCUUCCUAUAUAACGUAGGUAGUUGGUUCAUUAUUAACACAAAGGAAUAGAAGAAAAAAAAAUUUUUUAUAGAUGUUUUAUAAACCGAAAGAUAUAAGGGAAAAAAGUCGGAAGGGAUCCAUCGGAAAGUUCCCUAGCGAUAUGAAACCAUCGGAAAAGUCGCCGUUUGAAUUUUCGCUGGUGUUUAUUUUUCAUACCAACGAAGCAUAGACAGAUAUGGAAAAUUUCUUGCUAUCAUUUUUUUGUAAUUCAUGUUCAAAAAAACUCCUGCUCCUUUAGCUUAAAAACUGUUCUGAAUGAGCUCUGUUUUUCAAAAACUUAUGAAGUUUGAAAGUUCAGUGCAAGCAAGUUGUCGAAGACUGGAAAGUUCUCAAAGCGCAAAAGGCGGCGAACAAAAAAAGGUCAGCGGCGCCAACCAAUGAGUCACCAUCGAAGCGUACCCCCGUCGUCGAAAGCCCUCAAGGUUUCAUAAAGCUUUCAAUCUUGAAAUUCAAAAAAAAACUUUCAAAGUUCAAACAUUGAAACAAUCAUUACUAUUAUGUUUUUUUCUCAAGGAUCAGCUGAAAGUACGAGCGCUGAAGCAGAAUGA